CCGUGACUUGUUCUAUACUAAUACUUGAAAGUUCGAAUAUCGCCCAUCUCUAUGGCGCAUUAUUUAUUUUUAGACCGAAUGGGACAACGUCUUCUAGUUUAAUCAGAUAGUGGCAAACAAACAACAAUGAACAUGAGAUAACACAGCAUUAACUGGACUUUGUCAGUUAAUUGCUCGAGGGCACUGCCAUUCACAGUACAGUGAUGAAGUACCAAGGAUAUCAGGAGCUGCUAGUGGAGAAGCAGGACAAGCUUAUGGUCGUGAAAUUCAAUAAUCCUAAAAAGAAGAAUUGCCUGAGUCCCGUGGCCUAUAAAGAGCUGGCCCGCGUGCUGGGGGAAGUGAACAAUGAUGCCGACGUGACAAUAGUUGUGUUGACCGGGGUGGGCGAUUUCUUCACGGCUGGAAAAGAUUUAUCCCAAAGUGGAAAAGCUGACAAUCUCACUGAGUAUCUCGUACAGUCAAAUGUCAUAUUCAAAUUCAUGAUAAAGAGCUUUAUAAACUGCAAGAAGAUCGUUUUUACCUUGGUUAAUGGUCCAGCAAUCGGCAUCGGCGCCACCGUUGUGGGGCUCAGCGAUGUCGCAUGGUGUGCCGAGGAGGCAUACUUUCUCACUCCAUUUUCGAAAUUGGGUCUCGUCCCAGAAGGGGGAUCUUCUUAUAUGCUGCCUAUGAUUCUUGGUCGCUCCAAAGCCUCGGAAAUGCUUCUCCUCAACGAGAAGUUAUCGUCCGCCGAGGCGUACAAUUUUAAUUUUGUGUCGCGCAUCUACAAGACCGAGGAGCUGGACUCUGUGGUGUGGCCCAAGCUGCGGGAGUUUUCCGCUUUGCCACCUACUUCUCUGAAGGAGGGAAAACGCUUGAUCAAGGAGGGAUUCCUGGUGAACCUCCUGAACGCUCAUGAGGCUGAGUGCAAGGAGUUGAUCAAUCGUUUUCAUGCUGAGGAGUUUUUGCAGGUUAUAAAGAACUUUGGAAAGCGAAAGUCAAAACUGUAAACAUUGAACUUUCUUGUAAGCUAAUAUUUGCAUGGCUGUAAAUGAGAUUAGAGCUUAAGUGGAAUGUUGUUUAUAGCACAAAAAAUAACUUAUCAUGUUUUGCGGUACUUUCUAGAGCUGCCAGAUCGAUGUAAAGAGAUUUAUUCAUAGCUAAAAAUGUUGGUGAUUUACCUAGCCAAUAUGGUGAUAUCAAUUACUGGAAUUCUACUUAAAAUAUUAAUAGCUUGCGUAGCACAACCAACCACAUUAGUUGCUUGGCUAAUGGAAUUUCUAAUAAAAUUCAAUCAGAUGUUC